CAUUUGUAUUAUAACUUCGCUCAGAUUCUUAUCGGUCAUUGUCGCUUCAAAAUGGCGAAGCAUCAUCCGGACUUGAUAUUCUGCCGAAAACAGCCAGGAGUUGCCAUUGGUCGUCUCUGCGAAAAAUGUGAUGGUAAAUGCGUGAUAUGUGAUUCAUACGUUAGGCCAUGCACACUUGUCCGAAUAUGUGACGAAUGCAACUACGGGUCCUUCCAGGGCAGGUGCGUCAUAUGCGGCGGACCUGGCGUGUCGGAUGCAUACUAUUGCAAGGAAUGCACGAUCACUGAAAAAGAUAGGGACGGCUGUCCAAAAAUUGUGAACCUGGGAAGUGCCAAAACUGAUUUGUUUUAUGAACGAAAAAAAUAUGGAUUCAAAAAACGAUAGUUGUCCAUUAUAAUGACUCUUUCACUUUUCUAUUAUAAUUGAUACAAUUUUAUUAUUAUUAAUAAUAAUAUAAAUGUUAUUAUAUUUCAUUAAUUAUUUCAUAAUUUGAUUGUUUUUAUCACUUCAUUGUUCGUUGGAAAUCUAAUGACGGAUUGUGCAUUAUAUUAAUUAAAAAGGUUAACAUGGGUUAAUCAUUAGGCUAUAUGUAUAUAAACGAAGAUUGAUUGAUAUAUAUGUUUAUAUAUAUAUACAUCUAUAUAUACAUAUAUACAUACAUAUUUAUUAGUUUCUGAACUCUUGCCCAUCUAGCGUUAAGUUAUUUUUUAGCAAUACACUCAAGACGACGAAAUUGUUGCAAAUUUAACAUUUGCGUCCGUCAUGAUGAGGCCCACAGGGCUUUUUCGGCGUGGAUGCCAUCUUCAGAGCCUUGAAUUAUAUGUAUAUAUAUUUAUAUAUGCUGAUAUUAAAUGAAUGGAAGGAGAAAAAAGGAAUAAAGCAAACGGCACUGCUAACCUCAGUAUUACACAAAUGUUAAAUAAAUAUGACUUGCAACAAAAUGUUACUAAACGCUAAAUGGGCAAAAGUCUUCAAUGAAAUAUGUUUUAACGAAAAGCUCGUUCUAAAAUAUGUACACACACACCGUAUAUAUAAGUGAAUAAUCUAGAUCAGAUGACUUAGCGAUAUAUUUGAGUUCACCAUAUGAACGUUUACCAAAAGUUUUAAGAGACUUUUU